CAAGAAGCAAAAGCGUGCGCCCGCGCCGAUUCGCCUCAUUCCAUUCCACUCCUUGCGAUUGGAUCAGUUCGUUCGUCUCGCUUUUUCGUUCAGUUGUUCACUCGCCCUCGUCGCGUUAACAUACUCUGCGUAACUCCUCGCAACAUGUUCCAGCAAACCAACAACACAUAAACCUUCCAAAAUGAAGCCAAAUCGGUUAUAACGUUUUUUUAAACCCAUUAUAUUUAGAUCGAAUAUUUUAUUUUUGUGAUAUUUAGUUAUUUAUCUUGUUAUUAUUUAUAUUCACAACCAUGGGUUCUUAAUAUUCUAUUUAGAUUUUUAUUACUUAAGAAAAUAGUGCUCAAGAAAAUCUCAUUCCAAAUCGCCCAGUUAAUAAUAUAUAGUCUGAUAGUAAAUAAUAUAAUUUGCAAUGACCGCAAAAACUCGUUCACAUUGGAAGGAAUAUGGAACAGCACUGUGUGCGACACUCAUUACUGCAACCGCAGGAACCUGCUUCGGCUGGCCUUCACCAACGCUGCCUUACCUAUACUCGGCGAACAGUUCAAUACCAACAUCAAAAGAUGAGGGAUCAUGGAUGGUUUCUAUAAUGAUCUUAUGUUCAGCACUAACGCCCAUUCCCUCCGCUUAUUUCGCCGAUCGCUUCGGAAGGAAGACGACGCUACUCCUCGGAGCGAUACCUUUCAUACUCGGCUGGGUGCUGGUCAUCGUAGCCAAAUCAGUAGCCAUUCUUUACGUGGCCAGAAUGUUUUCUGGUCUUGGUUACGGAAUAGUGUACACCGUUGCCCCAAUGUACACGGGUGAAAUAGCCACUAACGAAGUCAGAGGUGCACUCUCUACUCUUAUUACAUUAAUGAACAAGGUCGGUAUUCUUGCCCAAUACUGCAUCGGUCCCUUCGUAUCGAUGCGAACUCUAGCAGCCAUCAACAUGAUUCUACCCAUUUCGUUCGUAAUUACUUUCAUCUUUCUACCUGAAUCGCCUUACUACUACUUAAAAUUCGAACGAAGUGAAAGAGCGGAGAGAUCUCUCAGGAAAUUACGAAGUGGUGAUAUAAGAUUAGAACUUAAGAACAUAGAAAUCAGCGUACAGGAGGAUAUGAAGAACAGGGCCACGUGGUGUGAUCUUAUAUCAGAGGCCACUAAUAGAAAGGCUCUCUGGAUCAGCCUUGGAAUUUUCACCGUUCAGCAAUUCUGCGGCAGCGCUGCUGUAGUUGCAUAUGCUCAAGUUAUAUUCGCAGUCACUAAAAGCCACAUUAAGCCCUACCAGGAGUCGAUAAUCCUGGGAUGCGUGCAAGUGGCGACCUGUUGUUUAUCAGUGAUCCUAGUAGAUCGGCUUGGAAGGAAACCUUUGUUGCUAUUGUCGGCUCUUGGCGUUGGAUUAAUGAACGGGACCAUUGGAACAUAUUUCUACUUUUCAAACAAGGCUAAUAUGGACCAUCUUCAUUGGCUGCCUAUAACGGCUAUUUUAAUUUACAUAGUUUGCUACGCUAUUGGACUGUCGACGGUCCCUUAUGUGAUUAUCGGAGAAAUGUUCCCAACUAACGUCAAAUUGUAUGCGUCGUGCGUAGCUCAUAUCUACACUGGAAUUUCAAUGUUUGCGGUCCAAAAACUUUUCCAGGUAGUAUCGGAUGCUUGGGGUAUAUACACAGUAUUCUGGGGCUUCUCGGUGUUCUCCUUUCUGGGGCUAUUAUUCAUACUUGCGGUGCUGCCCGAGACCAAGGGGAAGUCGUUCGCGUGCAUCCAGGCCCAGCUGCGAAGAGACGUCGCACGAGACAACGCUAGCAAACUCAUGACCGUCGAGUAUUAAUACAGCUAGCUUAGCAUAGGCUUAAAUUAGGGAUCGAGUCGAAAUGAAACUUAAGUUAUCGAGUAAUUAAUGUAAUGAUAGUUUUACAUACGUACUUAGUGGUGUAAAUAUACUACGUCAUACGACUAGCCUAUAAAGGGGUAACAUGGAAAGUAUUGUGGGGAUGAGGUGCGAAGUCCCGGAGAAGGCGGUGAAGUCUUCGGGGUCGUAGUUGGCGGGCAAGGCGCGUGAUGACACGACCUUCGCGUAGAGCCGCGCCGAGUCCUUCGGCGUCCUCGUCCUAUUGGGACUGUUGAAAUCGACCAAGUAAAGACCGAAGCGGGACCUGCAAUUGCAUUUACAAACAUGAUGAGUGAAAAUAUAUCAAGAUUUGAGACAA